AUGUCCCAGGCCCAGCGACAACGACAGGUGGCAAUUACAGCAAAUCAGGUAGCUAAAGAGGAGGAAACCGCUCGUUUAGACGCGUUCUAUGCGACUCGCGAUGCUGCGGCGAUAAGACCAGACGAGAGACGACUGCUAGUGCUACACCGAGGGCUGAAUGGCUUCUGCAGCAGCCGGCUAGACGGCGAGGUGGGCGUUGAGGAGCUAGACCAAGAGCUGAAAGAGGUAGACGUGGAAGGGCUACGCAAGGAAGAGACGGUAGAGGACGAGGUGGAACUGCUGUUCCAGCCUACGUGCGAGGACCUACAUGCGAGGAAAUGA